AUGUUCAAGAAAGAUAUCCCCCCGAGCGGCCGCUCAAAAGUCAAGUCCUCGGUGCAGCGCGGCCUGCGCCAAAGAUUCCUCGACACUUAUCCCGGCUUCGAGCCGUAUAUCGAUGAGAUCCUCCCCAAGAAAGCCCAGCUCGAUGCCGUGAAAUUACCGGAUAGAGCGACAUUAUACACCAUCGAAUCGACUCCCCUGUUCUACCAGCCCAUGGAUGGGCCACCGAUCCCGCACCUCAAACUGCUUCAUUCCUACCCUGAUGCAUUGCCGACGGUUCAGAUCGACCGGGGCGCGAUACGGUUCGUGCUUUCAGGCGCGACGCUCAUGGCGCCUGGGUUGACGUCGCCUGGUGGGCGGUUACCGGAUGCGGAACAUGCGUUGGAGAAGGGGCAGGUGGUUGCGGUCAUGGCUGAAGGGAAGGAGCAUGCGUGUAUGGUUGGGCCGUUGAAGGUCGGAACGGAGGAGAUGAAGGAGAAGAAGAAGGGUGUGGUCAUGGACGAGGGGCAUUAUCUAGGCGACGGCUUGUGGAAGAUGCAUUGGGAUUGA